AUGGAUCGGUGGUGGUUGGUCGCUGUGAUCGUCACACUUCAGACCAUUUCCACUUCUAAAAGUUCCAUGGUUAACCUCACAAAUGGUGGUUAUGAUGAUAUCGUUAUUGCAAUUCACCCAGGAAUUCCUGAGAGCGCAGAGCUCAUACAGAAAGUCAAGGACAUGGUGAAUGAAGCUACACAUUAUCUAUUUAAUGCAACACAGAAGAAACUUUUCAUCAGGAGCGCCAAAAUACUAAUUCCAUUUACCUGGUCAAAGCAGAAUUAUACCAAACGAAGGACAGAGACAUAUGACAAGGCAGAUAUUAUUAUUGCCAACCCUUACCUGAAAUAUGGAGAUGAUCCUUAUACUUUACAGUAUGGAGGCUGUGGAGAACCAGGAAAAUAUAUCCAUUUAACACCUAAUUUUCUACUGAAUGAUACACUGCUCUCAGCGUAUGGACCUCGAGGGAGAGUGUUUGUUCAUGAAUGGGCUCAUCUUCGAUGGGGGGUCUUUGAUGAAUAUAACUUUGAGAAACCUUUCUAUGUUUCAAAUGACUCUAAAGUUGAAGCAACAAGAUGUUCUCGUGAUAUUAUUGGAGUGUACAUAAAAAAGACAGACCAAUGUCAAGGAGGUUCCUGUAACAUGCGUGCGUGCUAUUAUGACUCUAAUGGUCUCUAUGAGGAGGGAUGCAUGUUUGUGCCUGACAAGAACCAGUUUGUCAAACAGUCAAUAAUGUAUCUGCAGUCCUUACCAUCAGUGUUUGCAUUUUGUAAUGCCAGCAAUCAUAACAUUGAAGCUCCCACACUACAGAACAGAAUGUGUAAUUUGCACAGUACCUGGGAAAUCAUUAAAAACUCCACUGAUUUAAACUCCACUAUACCAAUGGUUAAUACCACCAUCCCUGUUCCUUCAAUCUCACUAAUACAGUUUACAGAUAGGGUGAUUACUUUGGUGCUGGACAUCUCUGGAAGUAUGGCAAGCUUUAACCGUAAUCAACGACUCUACCAGGCAGCAGAGAUCUUUGUUAUGCAGGCCAUUGAAGCAGGUUCUUAUGUUGGAAUUGUCAGAUUCUCAUCUUCCAGUGAGAUUGCAACUCAACUCAUACAAAUUAAAAAUAAUCAGGAUCGAGAAAAGCUGAAAUCCUUUCUUCCAUUAGCAGCUACCGGAGGAACAAAUAUAUGUUCAGGAAUCCUGACUGGCAUUACGGUUAACAAAGGGUUUGAUGGAUCUUCACAUGGCACUGAAAUAGUGCUGUUAUCAGAUGGGGAAGAUAAUUAUGACACCUCUCUAUGUUACCCUGAUAUAUAUGGAAGUGGAGCAAUCAUUCAUUUUAUAACUCUGGGACCAUCUUACACCAGAUCGCUAAUUGAAGUAGUAAAAAAUACAGGAGGACAAGAGUUCUCAGCCACAGAUAAAGUUGACACCACAUCACUGAUCGAUGCAUUUACAGGAAUUACCUUUGAAAAUGGGGAUAUUUCACAACAAUCUAUCCAGCUAGAAAGCAAGGCGUCAGUACUUAAACCAGGAGACUGUUUGAAUGGCAGCAUCUUCAUUGACAGCUCAAUAGGAAAUUAUACUUUCUUUGUAGUUACUUGGCAAAGUGCAGUACCAAAUAUAAGGUUAGAAGAUCCUACAGGGCAAAUAUAUACUGCAGUAAAUUUCACCAGUGACACAACCUCUAAAUCAUCAAGGCUUGAAAUUCCAGGAACAGCAGAGAGGGGACGAUGGGAUUACAACCUCUGCAAUUUGGCAUCAGAACAGUCCAUAGGUUUAAUUGUGAGUUCAAAAGCAGCUGAUGAAAAUGUGCCUCCAAUUACUGUCAAGGCCCAUAUGAAUACAGAUAAAAACAACUUCCCUUACCCAAUGGUGGUCUAUGCAUCAGUGAGUCAAGGUUUGUUACCUGUGAAAGGAGUAAACGUCACAGCGAUUAUUGAACCAGUGUCUGGAGCACCCACUGUCCUGGAGCUUCUGGAUAAUGGAGCAGGUGCUGAUAUUGUGAAGAAUGAUGGAGUAUACUCCAAAUACUUCACUGCAUUUAAGGUUGAUGGAAGACACAGCCUAAGUGUGCGAGUUCAAGCUUUAAAGGGUAAAAGCCGUUUGACAUUGCGCCAAAGUGGUGCAAUGUAUGUUCCUGGUUAUAUGGAAAAUGGUAUAAUCACACUGAAUCCUUCAAGGGCAACAGUUGAUGAUGAUGAUGGUCUUAAUCUAGGGGCAUUUGUUAGGACAGCUUCAGGUGGAGCAUUUGAGGUGACUCAAGCAGCAUCAUACCAAAACAGAGAUAUCUUUAAACCUGAAAAGAUAUCAGAUUUAGAUGCUAAAAUAGAAAAUGGACAUAUCAGCCUUUACUGGACAGCCACUGGUGAUGAUUUGGAUGAAGGACAAGCUUCAGAGUAUGAUUUAAGAAUGAGCUCCAGCCCCAAAGAUUUAAGAGACAACUUUAUUGGAUCAAAUCAGGUUAACAUGACCAGUGUCACCCCCAAGUUAGCUGGAUCAAGUGAAUCCUACUCAUUUGUACCAGAAAACGUAACAAUUUCAAAUGGAACAAUUUUUUAUUUUGCAUUAGUUGCUAUUGAUGAUGCCUCUCAGAGAUCAGACAUAUCGAAUAUUGCCCAAGCAGCUCUCUUCAUUCCUCCACCACCAGAGGUGUACACAACGCCGGUCCAGUCUUCAAUAACAAAUUAUAUCAAUCAGACAGAGAGAGCUACAACACUGGUCCAGUCUUCAGAACCAACCCAAACACCAAAUGAAAGUACUGAAAAACUUAAUCCUUCUGUGAUAACGGCAAUAGUGUGUUCAGCAGCUGUUUUAAUCUGUAUAGUUAUAUGUGUUACUGUGUGCAUUAUAAAAUUCUGUAGAUAA